AUGGCCACCCAGCCCGUUGCGAUCUUCGUCGUGCUGGCCACCGCCUGCCUCGUGACCGUCCUCCUCAUCCCCAGCUGGACGUACGGCGCUCGAGCGCCGCAGGCGUCUGGCGCCUCCGUCGUGACUCCAGAGGUCGCCGCUGCCCGCAGGGCUGGCGUGCGCGAGGAGGUCUGGGAGUCCGGGGCCACGAGCCUCCCGCUGGACCUGUGCGACCCUGGGGCGGCCGCGCGCCUCGCCAGGACCUUCACCCUGGAGGCCCGCCGCGGCCUGCCCGGGGCCUUCGUGGUGCGCAUUCUCGGGAGCGGAGGCGCCGAGCUCCCGGAGGUUUCGCUGACCCUCGACAUUAACUCGUCGCAGCGGAGUGACGCCAAGACGUUUCAGUUGCGGCCCUUGCUGGUCGCCGCCGGAGGCGGGAACGUCGGCGUGCUGGAGAUAGAGGACGCCAGUGCGGGCACAUGGACGGCGACAUCCACAGUGUCGGCGGUGCCGCCAGCGUGGUGCGAUCGCGGCGGGUUGCCGGGCACCGUGCAGCUCGCGGCGCUGCAGCCAUGGGGAGGCGUGUCCUCGGCCGAGUUCUCCUGGGACGGGCGCGCGUGCGCGGUUCUCAUAUUCGUCUGGGUGGCCGUGCGCGCGCUGGCCACCGACCCCGCAGAGAUCCCGCUGGCCUUUGCCUGCGAUGCGUACUGCCUCGCGUACAGCUGCGGCCUCGCGGUCAGGGCUGCGCUGGAGGCGCGGGUCAAGAGCAGCUUCGUAGUGCAGCUCGCCUCGGCUGCGCGCGCAUGUGCGCUGGGCGGGGACCUGCUGCUGCUGCUGGGGCUGGUGCUCAGGAUGUCCUCGGCUGGAGACACAGAGCAACGGGAAUCAAAAUCUGGCGGGGCAUUCCUCUACCAGUCCGCAGAGGACCCAGAGCUCUGGAACAACCUGCGCCGGCUAUUCGCCUGCGCGGCAGUGCGGGCCAGAGCAUCGGCCAGAGGAGUCACUCCGCUGGCGGCAUGGGAUUAG